GCUGCUCCCAGCAGAGCCUUAGCGAGGGACCUGCUCGCAGCCGGUUCUUGAGGUGAAUGUGGGAAUCUUUCAGGAAAGCGCUCUGUGGCCAGGGAGGCGUGUGGCAUGACAGAGUCACGUACUUCGGUUGCAGAGCUCAGUUCUGUUGCUGCCUGGCUGUGUGCCUCGUUUUACAGUCGCCUCAUGUGGCAGCUGGUCCUCCAAAACCUGUAGCCUGAGCACUGUGCACCUGAGGCACUCUGAAGAGUUGGAAUUGUGACGGAAUCCCUGAGACACCAACCUCCAUCUCCUGCCUGCCUCAUCUGGGCAACCGUUUCAGACUGUCUCUGCCCAGAAUGUCGGGAGAGGCCAUACAGGUGGCCUGCCAUGCUCCCAGAGAACAAGAAGGACUUACAGUUGUGAAGGUUGAAGAAGAGAAGUAUGUUUGGGAGCAAGACUUUGACGUUCAGGAAAAUUCCUGGAGCCAGGAGACCUUCCGUCUGCGGUUCAGGCAGUUUGGUUACUCUGACUCCACAGGGCCCCGGGAGGCUCUGAGCAGGCUCCGGGAGCUUUGCUGUCAGUGGCUGAGGCCAGAGGUGCACACCAAGGAGCAGAUCCUGGAGCUGCUGGUGCUGGAGCAGUUCCUGGCCAUCCUGCCUGAGGAGCUGCAGGCCUGGGUGCAAGAGCAUCAGCCAGCCAAUGGAGAGGAGGCCGUGACUGUGCUGGAGGAGCUGGAGAAAGAACUUGAUGAGCCGAGGCAGCAGGACACAGCUUGUGGCCAGGACAUGAUCUGGAAGGAGAUGACAGCCAUGGGAGCAGUGAAGUCUCUGAGUAGCCCGCCGCAGGCCUCGGACCACCAGUGCAAGAGUGAGACUCAGGAGCCUCAGGCUGUCCGAGUGCAAGGUGAUGAGAUGGUGGCUGCCAAAGUGUUGAGAGCACAGCAAGAAAGUGUGGCGUGUGUAGCAUCAGCGGCUGUGCCAUCCUUAGGAAGACUUCCUGGGGCACCUCCUUCAGGACAGAUCAUAGAAGCAGCUUUGGACAGCUCUGAGAAUCAAGGAGAUGCUGCAAGGAACAAGAUGAAUCCAUGCUCCUCCCAGGAAAGACAGUUCAGCCUGGCAACUUUUCACCAGAAAAUCCCCACAGAACAGAGUUUCUUUGAUUGUAAUGAAAGUGAAGGAAGUCUCAAUCUGAGCUCAAAUAUUAUACGACAGAGAAUUCACACUGGGGAAAAGCUCUAUGUGUGCUUUGACUGUGGGAAAGCCUUUUGCCAGAGCUCAAAGCUGAUUAGACAUCAGCGAAUUCAUACUGGAGAGAGACCUUAUGCAUGUAAAGAAUGUGGCAAAGCCUUCAGUUUGAGCUCAGAUCUUGUUAGACAUCAAAGAAUUCAUAGUGGUGAAAAACCCUAUGAAUGUUGUGAAUGUGGAAGAGCUUUCAGGGGCAGCUCCGAGCUCAUUCGGCAUCGGAGAAUUCACACUGGAGAGAAACCUUAUGAAUGUGGUGAAUGUGGAAAAGCUUUCAGCCGGAGCUCAGCCCUUAUUCAGCAUAAGAAGAUUCACACUGGAGAUAAAGGCUAUGAAUGUUUUGAAUGUGGUAAGGCUUUUGGUAGGAGCUCUAUCCUUAUUGAACAUCAACGAAUUCACACUGGAGAAAAACCUUAUGAAUGUAAUGAAUGUGGAAAAUCCUUCAAUCAGAGCUCAGCCCUCACUCAGCACCAGAGAAUCCACACUGGGGAGAAGCCUUAUGAAUGCAGUGAAUGUAGGAAAACAUUUAGGCACAGGUCAGGCCUUAUGCAGCAUCAGAGGACACACACCAGAGUGUAAGUCUGUGGGUAAGAGUUGUAGCAUUGUGAAAUGCAGAGUUCUGGUGAGGGUGAGACUUCACAGAAGAUGAAAUUUUCCUGAGAGCAGGAUUUCUGUCUUUCCAGCCCAGUUCAGUACUGUAAAAGGAGACAUACAAAAAGAUACUUAUUGUGAUAGUCGAAUGGAAGAAAAAACUUUAAGAUUUACUAUUAUUUAUUUGAAAGGCAGAGUGACAGAGGGAGAGACAGAGAGGGAGGGAGAGAGUGAGAGCUUUUUUCCACUGGUUUACUCCCCAAAAGGCUGGGUCAGGCUGAAGCCAGGAGCCUGGUACUCUAUCCUGGUCUCUCAUGAGUGGCAGGGGCCAUUUUCCACUGCCUUCCCAGUGCAUGAACAGGGAGCUGGAUUGGAAGUAGAGCAGCUGGGACCUGGACUGGUGCUCUGAUGUGGGAUGUUAGUGUCACAAGUGGCAGCUUAACCUGCUGUACUGUAACACUGGCUCCAAAUGGAGGAAAAUGUCUACCCAGGUCUUGCAUAAAAGAAUUGUAGGUAUUUCCUAGAAAUGCUCAACCUGUUUCUGGAUAAGAACUCUUAUCACUGUCCCCUCUACCCAACUCCCAACCCAAACCUAACUUCCAUCGAGUACCUUCAUAGUAAGUUCAGGAUUGGGGCAGAGAUCCCGAGAGAACUCUCUGUAAUAGGAGCCCUGCCAGCCACGAACAUUGGAUAGAGUUACGCAGCCAUCUAAAAUGUUGAAUUGUCAGGUUGUGAAAUGUUGAAUUAUGCCUCACAGCAGCUUAAUAUCUGUGGAAACUUAAUAAUACAACGGGUGGUGAUUCAUUGUGCUUGCUUGCCAGUUGUCUUCUUAGCCCUGAGCUACCUACCUACUGAGAUUAACUCAGGUCUUUCUAUUUAUUGAGCACCUGAUAUGUGUGAGCCAUUUGACAGACACAGUAACUGCUGUCCCGAAGUUAAGGGCUAAUGGGAGAUACAUAUCUACUAAACAGGUAAUUACAGUAAAGUGUGAUAUGUGGUUUUUGGGUAGGAUAAAUUCUGCUGAAGUACAGGGCAGGGGUACCUAAUCUGGUCUGUCAGUCACUAAAGACUUCCUGGGUGUGAUAUCAUCUCACUUGGUAACUAAAAGGUAGAAGUUAGCCAGCUAAAGAGCAGGGGAGAAGAGGCAGGGAUUAUAGCACACACAGCAGCAUGGAGAUGAGAGAGGAUCUGGAGACAUCUCUUCAUCCCGACUCCUCUCCAGCAGGAAUCAGUUAUCAUUAGACGCUGGCUCAGAGGCCAGGCCUUGUGUUGGCUUCUCUGCCUACUUAUAAGCACUGAAUUGGGUACCUUACCCCAGACCCUGAGUGACCUAUAAGAUCUUGAGGUACUCUGAAUUUGUAUGAAGAAAGACAGUACAAGUGUAUAUCAAGAAAAAAAAAUACAUGUUGUAGGAUAGAGGGGCAUUGGGGACUGGAGUGUUUGUGUCCCAUGGUCCUGUGGCCCAGGAAAUGGGAGGCUUACAAAAACAGUGACAAGGAGGUAUGCCUUCCAGGCCCCACUAUUCCCUGUUCCCUGGUCCCUCACCUUCCCAAGCUUGAGACCCUGAGCAACUUCAGGGAAAUAAAUAUUGGUUGGAUUACCCCCUCAGAUUCCUCAAAACUCUACUUUUCUCCUAAUUUUUAUUUUGGCAGUUUUAAUUAACCCACAAUUGCUGACGACAAUUAAUACCUAUGAAAAAGUAUCAUUUCUGAAGACUUGGUGAUCAUACCUAUUGUGAGUAAAUGGGGAAGUGAAAUGGGGAGGGAUAGUCUUUGUGUCCAAAGGGUGUAUAGCUAUUGCUGAGUGAGAUCAAUCAGAUCGAUCACCUUUUGUCCUAUAGGUGACAGAUUAUUUAAUGUUUUACAUAUCAUUUAAGUUUUUCUCCUGAUUGUGAAUUAAUUGUAAAUGUU